AGCAGAAGGAGAAACUCUAUUGGUCAGUUUUCUGAUUACGUUGACGAACGCGGAAGUGGGAUAAUCGCUGAUGUGACGUGAGCAAGAUGAUCGCGGAUCUGUUAAUAUUCGGGACUUUGCUGGUGAACGCAGGGGCUGUGCUGAAUUUCAAGCUCAAGAGGAAAGAGGGACAGGGAUUUGGAGAUGAGUCCAGAGCACUAACGACAGGUGACAAUAUCAGAGAGUUCCUGCUCAGCCUGCGAUACUUUCGGAUCUUCAUCGCUCUGUGGAACGUCUUCAUCAUGUUCUGCAUGAUCGUAUUGUUUGGGUCAUGAUCAAAAUGUCGCGUGCUGGACCUCCACCAGGAUGCUGACUUUUCAACAUCUAUGAUAUCUACUUCCUUUUGAUGGGACUUUUCUGCGCGUUUGUUCUUUUAUAUUGUUAUUCUGCUCCAUUUUGUUCACAACCCAAAAAUAAAAUAAGUCUAUUAGAGAACAUGAGCAGUUUUCUCAAGCAUGUCGGUUUGCUAAUGCACCAGAAACAUCUGUUUAUCCCUUUAACAAACAGACAAGUCACUAUCUUCCUCACAUAAAAAAAAAUCUGUCUUUUCUUUUUUCUUUUUCUUUUUUACUGAUAUUUGGGACAACCAUCUCUUGAUUUUACUCAGUCCGUUGUUAUGUUUGUUGUGUGCAACAUCUUGGAUUAAAACCAGUCCGACUGUCCUUUAUUCUGGAGCAAAUAUGUUGUAUAUAGUGUAUAUGCAUUCUAUUGUAAAAUGUUUUUGUUCUUAAUAAAAACAACAUGUGGUUGUGGAACUAUGAA